AUGUUGAUAUCUUUUGUUUAUUUGGUGACUCUUCUGUUGAUUGGCUUCAGUUCUGCCAAUCCAGCCGUAUCAUAUGUCACAGUGACCCCAACUGACUCGGCGCAGUUUCUGUCACUUGUCGAUUCCCAGUAUUCUACCGUACUGAACGACAUUGUCACCCUAAGACCAGAUAGCACUGCUAAUAAGAAGCAAUUGAAACUUUCUGGAGAAAACUGUUAUGUACGGUCUCAAGAAUACACUUUGACCGAAGACCUUAAGUUUGGGUUUUUUUUCGAGCGCAAAGCAGAUGGGAAAAUUGGGAUCAAAUGGUAUUACGAUUUUUCGAGCUUCUUUUCCAUGGAUAUCUUUAAAGUCAAGUUUAGUCAUAACCACGACAGUUUCAAUAAUAUUCUUCAUGCAACUUUGAGGGACGGGUUUUUUUACAGUUGGUUUGCUGAUUCAUGGACGGCUAUCACUGAUCAAAGCUUUGAAAUUAGUCUUAAGGUCAAAGAAACCGAAGUCAUUUACUCAACAAAUUGUGAUGGACAAGAAAAUUGUACUGACAUCAUAUUUCCUGAUUAUGAACCUUGUGAGAUUGGUGGUUCAACUACCUUCUCUGGCCCAAUUGCCACUGUCACUCUUACAUACACCUCAUCUAGUUCCGGAAACAUUUCUGCUACUACUAACGUUGGUAGUCCGGAAUCUAUUGUAACAAACACUGGUGCUUCUUCCACCCAGACCGGCAUUUCUUCGAUUCAACCUGAACCUUCUGCCAGUCAAACUGAUGUUACUAAAACUACCGAUGCCAAUGGCACUAAAACUGAGUCAUAUUCCAGCUCAACAAUUAUCAAUGACAUGACUAUUUCCACGAGUUCUUCCUCUAGCAUCACUGAUGAUGUUACUCACUCAACUGACUUUACUGCAAUAAUUACCGACAAUGUUAGUCACUCAACAGACCUUGUUACCAGUGACACUGAUAACUUUUCAAUGAUCACUGAUCUGCAGAGUACAUGGUACACAAGCAGUGAUUAUGCAUCCACUGAUUUCGAUUAUAGCACCGAAAGCUACAGUACCGAUAUCUCCGCUGCUACAAGUGAUGUGGAAUACAGUACUCAGACUAUUUCUUAUGGUGAUAGCUUUACUGAAAUUAUUUCUUAUAGUGAUGGUUACACUGAAAUUAUUUCUUAUGGUGAUGGUUACUCAACCUACAGUACUGAAACCGAUUCCCAAGUUACUCAAACACCAUCCGACUUUUUCACCACUACUAAAUCAACAUCAUCUUCAUCGCACACAACUCUUGCUUCUUUCUAUCCCAUCGAACUUGAUUGUCCAUCUGAAGUUCCAUACAUGUAUCGUGUUAACGAAGAUUCGAAUUUAGGCUUCUAUAUUGAAAAGCUUACUGACUUAUACUAUCGUAUUGAUUGGUUCUUUGCGUUUGAGCCACUGAUGCCACUUGAUAAAUAUGAGAUCAAGUUCAGACAAAAUGGGAAACAAUGGCAUAACAUUUUUAGUUCGGAAUGGGAUCAAGGAUUCUUUUAUUCUUGGAUUUCCCAAGGUUGGGAGAGUAUGCAACAACAAACUUGGGAAUUUGUUUUACAAAACAACCUGGAUGAUAAUGAAGAGGUGUACUUCAGUACUAAUUGCACUGGUAAGGACCGUUGUAACUUGUUAGUGCUACCAAUGAAUCAACCAGAAGAAUGUCCUAUUGUUUCAUCUUCCACCACCACGGGUUCUGUGUCGUCUUUUUCAAGAGGUGUCUUUACUACUGGCGCCACCUCCUUGGCUGACGCCAAUUCUAAAACAGGUUCAAACACACUUUCUCUGGAUACUCUUACAAGUGAUGAUAAUACUAUAGUAAUUCCAAGUUCUAAAGGAAAUCAGGUUCCUAUUACUAUUAGUAGUGAAAGUACUGGUGCUUCGGUUACAUCUCACACCACCAACGGCCCAAUUCCUACUAGUACCGUCUCUGAGUCCAUAUCCGAAACUUUUGCUAUUUCCACCUCUACUGCGAUUGAUUCUGAAACUCUGGUUCAAUGGGAAACCGUUACAAGUUGCUCCAAUGGCUGUUCACAUAAAACUUCCAGUGAAUAUGUCCCAGCUUCUACACCAGUAUCUUCGCAAAACCCGGAAACUUUUACUUCAGAAAUCUCAGUGAAACCAAACUCUCCCCAAUCACCAGAAAUCAUAUCAUCUAGUAAACUGUCUCAUUAUUCGGAGAUUCCAUCAUCCUCUGAAUUGCAAGAAAACACAACUAAGCUCAUAUCAACUACAUGUGCCACUAUUAAUACUGGUUCUGGUAUGACCAUCCAAACUACCCACAGUAUCCCAGGAACAUUUGUUACUUCUGUUUCGGGUAUCGCUUCAAGUGCUUAUGUAUCUGCUUCCAUUAAUUUCAGCUCUAAUGGUGCUGCGGCUUUACUUGCUUCCGGUUCCUCGUUUGUGAUUGCAAUUGCUGGUUUAUUGCUUUUAUAA